GUUUCAGAAUGUAUUCGUUACUGGUAAGACUCAAUGCAAUAUUUUCCUUUACUUUAUGGACUCUCUCGGCUCUGCUAUUCGCCUGUAUCCUUACUACCAACAAUCUGGACUAUUCCACUGCUGUAGAAAUCACUGUCAAUAAUCCUAGAGUACGAUCGACGAGCCGCUACACUUCUACCGAAUGUGACUUGGGUUUGCUGGAUUUUUCUAUUUAUGGAGAUUUUUCGAAGAUUUACAAUUGGAACGUAAAGCAACUUUAUGUAUAUCUUGUCGCAGAGUACACAAGUCGGAAUAAUGAAGUAAAUCAAGUGACACUUUGGGACGAGAUUUUACUUCGUAGCAAGCGGGUUGUGUUAGAUGAACGCCGACUUCACAGUAAAUAUUAUUUCCUUGACGAUGGUAGCAACCUGCUGAAUCACCCUAAUGUCACGCUUGUCCUGAGAUAUAAUGUGGUCCCACAUGUCGGCUAUUUGAGACUGAGCCAAGCAAGAGGAGAAGUUGUCGUAAAGUUUCCGAACACAUACGUGAACAAAAAGCACUAAGGGUUUUGCGAUACUGAAAUAGAAAUAUACCAGUAGGAGAAAACCAUUUUUUCAAACUCACAGCUUUUUUGAUCGUUCAAGUGAUAAAGUGACCAUGCUGAAUUACAUUGUAACCUUUGGUUUAACUGGCUUGGCUUCGGGAAGGCGGGGUUUAGUGAUCUAAUUAAGGCCCGCCCGCGACGCACAUGCGUCUCCCUCGCGCGAAAGCUCUC